AUUCCCAGCACACAAGUAUUGUCUGGUCUGUGUCACAUCAUGUCACUCUGGACUUAUUGUGUUGGGCUGAUCCUUUUGCAGAUCUACUUGGUGCAAACAAAACUGCACCAUGUCGUCAUCUUUCCCUCAGAGCUGCGCUCUCAGCACUAUGAAAGUAUCUGUAUACAACUGGAGGGUGCUGGAAAAGUGAGCAACAUAGAGAUAGUUUUAAGGCAGGAAGCAAAGAGCACCACCCUCAUAGAAGAGAGGUUCAAGCAAGACUCCAUAUCCACCUGUAUUUCGGCUCUGAUUCCGGAUCCCUCUCACGGAAACGAAGAGGUUGCUGAACUACAAGUUUUCAUCUUUACUCAUCUUCAGUCACUUCUAAACCUGCCGGCAGUAACACACCUGGCAGUAACAAAAAAUACUAAAGUUAUUGUGAAAAAGGAGAAAAAGCAUUAUAAAACCAUCAUUCAAACAGACAAGACCAUGUACAAGCCAGGACAGACAGUGAAGUUCCGAGUUUUUUCACUUAACGAAGACCUUGAACCUGGACAAGAUUUGAUUCAAUCUGUGCAUUUACAGGAUCCAGGAAAGAAUCGGAUUGGCCAGUGGUUAAAUGUGACGGUCAAUCAGGGAUUUGCUGAGUUUUCCUUUCCUCUUUCCUCUGAGAUUCUGCAGGGUGAAUACUCCAUCCGGGCGAAGGACGCAGUCCAACACUUUUCUGUGAAAGAAUAUGAACUCCCAAAAUAUGAAGCAACGCUCCAGUUUCCCAAGGCUGUUCCCUACAACAGUAAAAAUAUACCAGUUACAAUAUGUAGCAGGUACACCUAUGGAAAGCCAGUAUUGGGAGAUUAUAGGAUUGAGAUAUGCCGUAGAAGAAUCGGAUAUAGUACGAUCUUGGCGCACACCAUUGAAAAAAUUGAGUCCCUCCAUAUCUGUGCAAACUACACAGGAAAGCUGGAUCCUUCGGGAUGUACCACAGUCCAGAUAAAGUCUGAACCUUUCAAAUUAAUAAGAAAUGACAUGAACCUGAACAUGGAGGGAUCCGCCCACAUCACAGAGAAGGGUACAGGAAUUGAGUUAUCAGCCAGCAGUCAAACACAAAUCUCAAAUGUCAUAAACAAAGUGAAAUUUGUUGACUAUGAACGCACCUACAAACCUGGAAUGCCAUACUGUGGAUUGCUUGCUGUAACAGAUUUCUUUGGUGAACCUCUUGCUGGCAAUACAGUGCACCUCUUUGUUUCAAGCAAAAACGAGAAGACUCUUGUGACCGAUGAGAAGGGGCGAGUGUCCUUCACAAUUGAGAACACGAGCAGUUGGACCGGACAAGUACACCUUGAGGCUAGAACAACCCUAUCAGAGCAACAAGAUGUGCCACACUUGAUUACACCAGAUUACGGUUAUGCUGAACUCAGUCUUAAUUCCAUCUACUCUCUUAGCAAGAGUUUGCUGAAAAUCCACACCUUAAAUGUGGUUCUUCCAUGUGAGGGGCAGCAUGAGGUCAAGGUGGACUAUAUCAUUAGGCGCACAGAGCUGGAGCAUAAAGUCGAGCACAUGGAGUUGCAGUAUCUGGUUACUUUUAAAGGAUCAAUUCAGCAGUCUGGAUCAAUGUCAAUACCAAUUUCCGAGGGAAGUGAAGACUUACGUGGUGAAACUACUGUCAAGCUUUCUCUUACACCCAGAACAGCAUCAUCGAUACAUGCAUUUUUUUACAUCCUACUACCAAAUGGAAAACUUGCUUGGGAUUCAACAGUAUUCAAAAUACAGAGGUGUUUCAAAAAUAAAGUAUCUGUUGGGUUCUCCCCGGGUGAGGUCCUCCCAGGAUCAGAUGUGUCUCUUCAGGUUCAGGCUGCUCCUGGCUCUCUCUGUGGUCUUAGGGCGGUGGACAAGAGUGUGGUGCUAAUGGAUCCCAAAGCUGAGCUGACUAAUGAAAAAAUUUACAAACUGUUCCCUUAUUCGGAUUCUGGUGAUUAUGACUGGCGAAUCCGGGACGUGGAAAGCUGUUAUUUUGGAGAGCAUACUACUGUGAGGCCCAAACGUUUGCUUGAUGUAUACAGCCUAUUUAAGAGAAUGAAGUUAAAAUUAUUUACAAGUGCAGACAUUACGAAUCCUGAGGAGUGUAUUCCGGACACUAUGCCCGCACAAGCUUUUGAAGAAGAAAUGGAAAGGCGGGUUCUCAAAAAAGUUGAGCAUCCCAGUAGCCCAGCAGAAAAGGAGAAGCCACGGAUCUACUUUCCAGAGACAUGGAUAUGGGGUUUUGUAGCUGCUGGGGAUGCUGGCACAGCCGAAUUCCACCACAAGGCUCCAGACACCAUCACAGACUGGAAUGCCGGAGCCGUAUGUUUGGGUCCCGGGGGAUUUGGCCUGUCUCCUCCUGCCUCUCUUCGGGUCUACAAGCCGUUCUUUGUGGAUCUCACCCUCCCGUACUCCGUAGUGAGAGGAGAAAAGUUCACUCUCAAAGCCACAGUGUUUAACUACCUGAACAAAAGUAUAAUGGUACAAACCACCCUGUUACCUUCCAUAGAAUUGGAGGAGGAACAAUGUGCUGGUUGUCAGUACAGCAGCUGUCUAGGUGCCGAUGAAACCACAACGUUCUACUGGAAACUGAAAGCAUCUAAGAUGGGAAAAGUACUGAUCACAGUGAGGACAGAAGCUGUUAAGUCAUCGGAACUGUGUCAGAAUGAAAUACCUUUUGUCCCCACACAAGGCAGCUCUGAUACAAUUAUUAAGACACUUCUUGUACAGCCUGAAGGAGUCCUACAAGAAAAGUCUUACAGUUCACUGCUUUGUAACAAAGAUGGAGAAUCAAAGACGGUGAACGUUGUUCUGCAAAUUCCAGAGGAUAUUAUAAAAGAUUCUGAAAGAGCCGAUGUAACUGUUCUGGGAGAUCUGAUGGGCACAGCCCUGGAAAACCUGGACCGGCUCCUGGCCAUGCCAAAUGGGUGCGGAGAGCAGAAUAUGGUGCGCUUUGCCCCCAACAUCUUUAUUCUGAAGUAUCUGGAGAAGACUCAUCAGCUGAACGAUGAGAUCGAGAGCAAAGCCAUCAAAUUUCUCAAUGGCGGAUAUCAGAGAGAGCUGACAUUCAGACAUGAAGACGGGUCAUAUAGUGCAUUUGGAUUGAGAGAUCCAGAGGGUAACACAUGGCUGACGGCUUUCGUAGUGAAAUCUUUCAGCAAUGCUCGCCCAUACAUCUUCAUAGAUGAAGGACACUUGAAUAAAUCGUUCAGCUGGCUACGAGAGCACCGCAAGGAAAGUGGGUGCUUCAGAAAUGUGGGGAAACUCUUUCAUAGUGAAUUGAAGGGAGGAGUGGAAGAUGACAUUUCUCUAUCAGCCUAUGUAGCAAUCUCAUUGAUGGAGUCUGGUGUAUCUGUAGAGGACCCUCUGAUCAGGGACGCGGUGUCCUGUCUGCAGAAGGAAGCUGUGAAUGUGACCAAUGUGUACACCUUGGCUCUUCUUGCCUACACCUUUACUUUGUGCGGAGAAAUGGAGUCCAGGAAAAUAGUAUUCGACAAACUGGAUGAAAAGGCUGUGAGAGGAGAAGGACAGCUACACUGGGAACGAGAGUCUACUCCUUCCUCUGAUGCCCCACACUGGCACAGAGCUGCAACUGCAGAGGUGGAGAUGGCCGCCUACGUCUUACUUGCUGUGCUGUCUCAACCUGAGCCUGAUCUGGGAAAAGCUGCAGAGAUUGUCAACUGGCUAUGCAAACACCAGAACCCCUAUGGAGGCUUCUCAUCUACACAGGACACAGUCGUGACUCUUCAGGCUAUGGCCAAGUAUGCAGAGGCUACAUACAGUGACAAGGUAGAUAAAACGGUGACCGUUGCUGCCAUGAAGACAGGAUUUUUGGAGAAGUUCCAUGUAGACAACAAUAACCGACUUCUCGUCCAGAGGAGGAAACUACCAACCAUCCCCGGAGACUACACGGUGACUGCUACAGGAAGUGGUUGUGUCUUUGUACAGACGGUUCUUAGAUUCAACAUCCCAGUGGUAAGAAAUGAGGCCACCUUUGCAGUCAGUGUUGAAGUAACACCAAAAAAAUGUGUGCAAGAUCCAGUGAAAAAAAUUGGACUUCUCAUAACUGCUCAAUACACAGGUGCUCGAAAGACCUCCAACAUGGCUAUUAUAGAGGUGAAGAUGUUGUCUGGCUACAUUCCUGUGAAGAGCUCACUAAGAGAGAUGGAGGCAAAACAUGGGAUCCAAAGAAGUGAGGUUGACAAUGACUUGGUGACAUUGUAUCUGAAUGAGAUAGGACAUGAUUCUGUACUUAUCAACAUCCAGAUAGAACAGGACAUCGAGGUUAAAGGCCUGAAGCCUGGUACUGUGAGAGUGUAUGAUUAUUAUGAGACAGGUCAUGAAGCCUUUGCAGAAUACAACUCUCCCUGCAGCUCUGAUACUAAAGGAAAUGCAAGCUAAAAACAGGAAAACCGAACUGAACUGGAAUGCUCCAGAAGGGAUCAAGGCUUAUUUCAUGUUGAGGUUGUGUUCUGCAAAAAUAAAUUUAUGAUACAAAACGUCA